AUGAAAAAUUUCGAACGAAAAGCAAAUAAACAUGCUAUUUCUGAAAGGCAUCUCGUUUGCCAGGAACAAUUUCAGUUACUUGAAGAAAAUAUAAUUGAUCAUGCACUUUCGAAAGAACGACGCUUAGCAGUCAUAAAAUAUAAUAAACAAGUUAGCAUUAAUCGUCGAAUAUUAGCUCGAUUAAUUCAUGUUGUGUGUUAUUUGGGGAAACAAGAGUUGGCUUUCCGGGGACACGACGAACGAAAAAGCUCAUCAAAUAAGGGUAAUUAUUUAGAGCUAUUAGAAUUAUUAUCGCAAGAAGAACAAAUAUUCAAAGAACAUUUUUUGUCUAACUCUUUAUUUAAAGGAACAUUUAUUUUGUUAUCAUGUAGUAGUCUGGAUAAGUAUUCAGCUUUAUUACGGCUAAUGCCCUCUAUGUUGAGUUGUAAGAUGUAG